AUGAAGUUCGGAGCGAAACUGCAGACCUUCAUCGUCCCUGAGUGGUCGGACAAAUAUAUCCGUUACAAGGAACUCUCUCGCCUGGCCAAACGUGCCAGUCGUAUCAAUUCGGGAAAAAUCCCCGGUGUAGAUGACGAUACUGAGCGGGAUAUGUUACAAAAGCUUUUCAACGUAGAAUGUCAUACCUCUUAUCAGCGAAGUACUACGCUGUCCGGUCGAUCUAGAAGUGAAUGUCGGUCUGAGCCCAAUGAUAUUACCCCUAUCCAUAGACCAUCAUCGUCUGCUAAUUUUCAUACCAGUGAGCAAAUCGUGGUGAGUAUACCCGAAGAAGAUGGCUCCGGCAGCGCUUCCAACACUGAUGAUGGUGAGCGUCGAAAGCAAAGGACAUCCCACCUCCCGCCUUUGCCAAAAGACGUUUCAGAUCAUAGUGGUGCGGUCAAAGAUGUUGUAAACCAUUAUGAGAAGCAUGGACACGUGUCUUCUCCUAAUUUGGAGCCUAGCUCUGAGGCCUUGACCUAUUUGCAUGUUCAGCUUCAAAAGCUGGGACGCGUUCCGUAUUCCUGUACAGUCGAUACUGAUAAUUUAGUACCAUCUAGUGAUGGUCAAGAUGACUCUAUAAAUUCUGUCGAUGGAGUUUCAACUGGUCCCUCGGAGGGCCCAAUCGUUCAAAAGAGCGGUAAACAUGGCGUAUCACUGGGUGAUACUCAGCCCGAAUUUGACCGAAUCAAUGUGUUGGACAUUUUGAAGGACAAUGCUUCUUCACGUAAAUCUGUGUCGCGCGACGUUUGGUGUUGUUCCAUGGGUUGUUCGUUUUGUUCCGCUAGUAAAGGCGCGACAUCUCGCUUCAACUUACGUAAAAACACAAAUGUGAUGGACGACGAAUCACUUUCCGUGUUUAACAAAGUUCUUCGGGACGACAUCCGCGUGGUUAUGAUCCACUACGUUACCGAGCUUGACUACAUUAAGUCCUUGGUGCGGUUCCUCAAAGCUGAUAUAGCCCGUCGUGGCGGCAAGCUGGACGAUUCGUAUGCUGGUCUUAUUCGUAAAGCUUGUACAGCUUUUUGGGACUCUUGCGAUAAAUUAAAGCUUUACCUGAACUUGAACACACUUGCCGUUUUUAAAGUGCUUAAAAAAAAGGAUAAGUUAUUAUCAACUAGCGAUGUGUUCAACCUUUUCCCUAUGUACAAGAGCAUUAUGCUUUCCGUUGAGACUUCUCAAGGUGUGUUAGAAGACGUUAUCCAGAUAUACAAUUUACUGAUGGAUAAUCCUGUGGUCGACUUUGGUGUGUUGAAGACUGACAUAGAGACGACUUUAGACAGCUUGCGUUCGAAGCCAGCGCACGGUUUAUUUUUUGUUUAUGGCUUAUGUACUGUUUUAUUAGUGAAUUCAUUGUUUUUCUGUUCUUUUAGUUUUCCUUUGCCAUUUGAUCUCAACAUUUUGUUAUCUCAGAUUGCUACCUUUCGAUUUUUUUUCACAAUGUCAGUUCUAUGGUGGGGGUUUGGUUGGUGUCAGAAUUACCUCGAGACUUAUGGCGUGAACUAUCAGUUUCAGUUUGGCCUGAGUAGUAACUACUCCGCAACUGAUAAGGAUUAUUAUCAGCUGGGUGCAGGUCAGACUUUUUCAUGUUUAUUGUUAUUUGUGUUAUUUUUGUUAGAUUGCAGGUUGCACAUUGUGCCACCGCAUCACCUUUACUUUUUGUAUCCUAUUACGUUAGUGGCAUUGCAUUUGAUAAUUGUGAUGUGGCCUAACCGUAACCUUAAAUUGAAGCUUCGUAAACGUUUAUUAUUUGCUAUAUUUCGGGUUUUAGGGGCACCUUUCGGUGCUGGUGAAAAGAUAACUUUGGGUGACAGUAUUAUUGCUGAUGUGAUGACAUCCUUAACUCGUCCUUUACGUGACAUGGUUUUUAUGAUUACAUAUUUUUUGUUUGGUAUGACAUCUGAUCACAAAAUUCCAUCUCCUGUAAUACAGGCAUGGAUUGUUCCUGCAGUGAUGUGUUAUCCCUAUAUAAUUCGUUUUUCUCAAUGUUUUCGUCGUUAUAUUAAGGAGAAACGGUGGUUACAUGUUGGUAACAUGGCUAAAUACCUUUCAGGUAUAUUAUGUGUUGUUGUUUCUUCUAUUGAUUGGGUCUAUAUUUUUGGUAUGCAAGAGUGGCAACGUCAUUUUUUGGUUGUAUCAUUUUAUGUGUUUGCUACUUUGUUCCAAUGUUGGUGGGAUUAUGUGAUAGAUUGGGGUUUGGAUUUAAAUUGGAAUAUUUUUAAGAGACGUCAGAACCGUCAUAUGUAUCGUCGUGAGGCAUAUUUUUGUGCUGUUUUCUUUAAUAUGUUGUGUCGCUGCACAUGGGCUUUUACUACAAUUCCAUUUUCUCUGUUGAAAAAUGAGGAACUUUCUUUGGAUAUUGUGAGUCUUAUAGUCUCAGUGAUUGAGAUAGUUCGUCGUGUGGUGUGGGUCACAUUCCGUCUCGAGAGUGAGCACUUGCUCAACUCUUACAAGUACCGUACGGCUUUGUGGGUGCCUAAGCUGUACAACUGCAAGAAUUUGAUCGUAAAGGAGAUGAAGAUGCUUAACGAGCAGCUUUGA